GUAAAAUCAGAGAACAGAUGCACAACAAAAGCCUUCUACAAACAAGCCUCUUGUUGUCUAAAGCAGUGAAGACCUCAGGUUGCAGGCCAGUUAUUCACCACACAGGAAGUUAUUUCAGGUUACAGCAGUGGGCUGCUUAACUCUGACAGUCAGAGUCGAGGCAACCCAAAUAUUUGAGGAGGAAGAAGAAGUGCAGACGCUUUAUUCGUGUAACCAAAUACUAACUAAAGAAGCAGAAACUGCUGGACGCCCAUUGGUGCAGGUGUUCUUACUGUACACGUCUUUAGAAAAGCUGCAGAGAGAGGGAACAGCCAUGAGUCUGCUGUGAUAAUGGAUCGCAGCAGGGCAGACAGGAGCAGAACUCGAAGAUGUGGUAACUACAACAACGUAGUGGAGCCCGAGUACGACGUGGUGGACGACCAAGAGGAAGUGCACAAUGUGCGCAUAUUUCCUGCCAGGCCCAUAAAUGAUGAGAGAGAGUACGCAGACAGGGAUCUUCCAAGGUCAUCAUCUGCACAGAGCCUUUCAUCACCCUCCACUGUUAAUUCCGAGAUCCUACCUAGACGUCCACCCAGAGAAACCCCACAUACCUCAGGACCUGCUGUCAAUAGAGACCUGAAGCCAGGCAGACGAAAGACCAGAUUCGAUAAGAAGUUGCCACCUGUGCUGCCAGACCAGCACUCACACAGGUGCCCUCCAUCACCUCCAUCCUUUACCCUGGAGCUGAUCAAUCACUGGUCUGGACUGGCUCUGAAUAAACCCUGCAGGAGAGAUAGACAGCAGUGGACAACUAAACAGGCAGAAUUCAGGUCACAUGCCAAAGGUCCACAAAGUCCCGAAAGUGUUUCAUCCCCCCACACCAAUCAAAGACAUUCUUGGGAUUUGGAGAGUCUUAACAUAGAAAGAAGAUCGCAACAAAGUCUCGAAAGGGUGCCAUCCAAACGCCAUCACCAUGAGUGGCCUCAAACUAAAGAAGACUUCGACCAGCACGACUUUGUUCCAAUGGAAAAGCCUCAACAGACCUACUGUGAAGAAGACUGGUAUGUUGGGGCUUGUAAUCGAGCAGAUGCUGAGCAUGCCUUACACCUGGUGAACAAGGAUGGGGCAUUUUUGGUGCGUGACUGCUCUAUCAACACCAACAGUGAACCCUUGGUACUGGUCGUGUAUCACGACAAGAAGGUUUAUAAUGUAAAAAUUCGGUUCAUCGAGAGCAACGACAAGUACGCACUGGGAACAGGACAACGUUCAAAUGAUAUGUUUGACUCUGUGGCAGACAUCAUCAAGUUCCACUCCAUUUUUCCAAUAAUACUCGUCAGUGGAAGAAAUAUGCCUGGAAACAAAUACCCAGACAACUGUGUGCUGACAUAUCCAGUAACGAAAAGGGAUGUUGACCAGCUGCUACAAUAACAAAUUGCUUGUGCACCUUUCCAUGCCUUUUCAGAGAUAAUCUGUUGAAGCCCACACAAUUCCUCACAUCCUGUUGUGUAGCUAUGUAAACCAAAACAUCUACUAAAGGUGUAUCAUCAUUUUUGAGCAAGCUGGGAGUAAAAAAAAACAAAACUUUGCUAAUAACUGUGUGGUCAAGAGUGAUUUUGAUUUUUAGCUAACAAUUAUUCUGACAAUAUUAUCAACUGUCAGCAGCUAUACUACUUUCAACUGUUUAGGCUAAAAAAUGUCAAAAAAAAAAUACUGAAAACGUCCAUCAUUAUUUCCUUGAGUCCAAGCUGAUGUCUUAUACUGCAUUUUUUUUUUGUACUAUUGACCCAAAACACAAAGACAAUCCCUGUACAAUGAUACAAAAAAGGAAAACUCCUAUGAGAAUGGAAACAGAGAAAAAUUGUCAUUUUGCUUGAUGAAUAAAUCAAAUCCAAAUACGUAUCUCAUAAUAAAUAAACUACAGAUUCAUUACAUCAACAUGUGGCAAUUGACAAGUUAUUUCAGUGCUAAAAUGACUCAGCUGAGACACUGCAUGGAAAAACGUGAGGAUUCAUUCAUUUUAAUUUUUGACUAUUUUUUUAAUGUGUAGAUCUUUCAAGGCUGUUUUCUCAAAAUGAGUUAUCGCACUCUGCACCAGAAAUCUUCACAUCAGUAGCACUUACAUACACAAAACCUUCUAGUUUUAUUCCUGUCUAUAUUCUGAAGUUUUUUUUUACAGAGGGCUUUGUUCAUAGAUCAUUCAUAGUCUGAAUUUAAGAACAUUAAAUUCCUUAAAAUGUG